AUGGCGGCUGUCGAUUAGCGGAGUCUGGAGGACGAACAAGAGGAGGACGAGGAGGAGCAGUUGGUUCUGGUGGCGUUAUCAGGAAUCAUUGAUUCAGACUUUCUCUCAAAAUGUGAAAACAAAUGUAAGAUUUUGGGCAUUGACACUGAAAGGCCCAUUCUGCAAGUGGACAGUUGUGUCUUUGCUGGGGAGUAUGAAGACACUCUUGGGACCUGUGUUAUAUUUGAAGAAAAUGUUGAACAUGCUGAUACAGAAGGCAGUAAUAAAACAGUGCUAAAAUAUAAAUGCCAUACCAUGAAGAAGCUCAGCAUGACAAGAACUCUGCUGACGGAGAAGAAGGAAGGAGAAGAAAACAUAGGUGGGGUGGAAUGGCUGCAAAUAAAGGAUAAUGAUUUCUCCUACCGACCCAACAUGAUCUGUAGCUUUCUACAUGAAAAUGAUGACGAAGAAGUGGUAGCUUCAGCCCCAGAUAAACCUUUGGAAUUGGAAGAGGAAGAGAUUCAAAUGAAAGACAAUUCAAACCUGAGUUGUGAGCAGGAGAAACCACUGCACUUGGAAAUAGAAGAUUGUGGUACUCUUAUUGAUAUACCUUCUGAGACAGAAGGUUCUAUUUUUAUGGAAACUCAAAUGCUGCUGUAGAAAUCAGUCCUAGAUGAAAUGUUUCUGCUAAUAA